GCCCGGGCAGCGGCGGAGGAGGCGCGGAAGCAGCGGCAGGUUUCAGGGACCACGUCAGCCCCUCCGUGCCCACCCCAGAGGGACCCUGGGGACACAGCCGGGACAGGGGGCUGACGUCGCCCUCGGUGCCCGCCCUGACCCAGUUUAGGAUGGCGGGGCACGGCCCGGUGCCCUCGUCCUGCGACUGCUUCGUGGCCAUGCCCCCGCACACGGCGUUCCCCGCCGUCAUCUUCGCCAAGAACGCCGACCGGCCCCGGGACGAGGUGCAGGAGAUCGUCUAUGUCCCCGCCGCCACCCACCGGCCUGGGGACAAGGUCCAGUGCACGUACGUGCAGAUCGAGCAGGCCGAGCGCACCCACGCCGUGCUGCUGAGCCGCCCCGCCUGGCUCUGGGGCGCCGAGAUGGGCGCCAACGACUGCGGGGUCUGCGUGGGCAACGAGGGCGUGUGGACCCGCGAGCCGCUGGGCGAGGCCGAGGCGCUGCUGGGCAUGGACCUGGUCAGGCUGGGUCUGGAGCGGGGCAGCUCGGCCCGGGAGGCCCUGGAGGUGAUGACGGCGCUGCUGGAGCGCCACGGGCAGGGCGGGAGCUGCAAGGAGCAGCCGGAGCCCUUCGUGUACCACAACACCUUCCUGCUGGCCGACCGCAACGAGGCCUGGCUGCUGGAGACCGCCGGGCGCUACUGGGCGGCGCAGCGGAUCCGCGAGGGCAGCCGCAACAUCUCCAACCAGCUGAGCAUCGGCAGCGAGAUCACGGCGGAGCACCCGGGGCUGCGGGAGCGGGCGCGCAGCCAGGGCUGGUGGAGCGGGCACGGCGAGUUCAGCUUCGCCCGGGCCUUCUCCCUGGAGAAGGAGCCGCCGCGCAUGGAGGCUGCCAGGGCUCGGCUGAGAGCGGGGACGGAGCUGCUACAGCGGCACGCAGGUCACAUCACGGAGGAGACGCUGAUGUCCAUCCUGCGGGACAAGGCCGGCGGGAUCUGCGUGGACAGCGCGGGGUUCCGCACGGCGGGCAGCAUGGUGUCCGUGCUGCCCCGCGACCCCGCGCUGCCCUGCGUGCACUUCCUCACGGGCACGCCGGACCCGUCGCGGUCCGUGUUCAAGCCCUUCGUGUUCGUGGCCGGCGUCCGGGCGGCGCCGCAGGUGCGCUCGCCGAGCUUCCCGCAGGACCCCGCCCGGCAGAUCCCGCGGUUCCGCAGCUCCGUGGAUCGGCGGCACGAGCUGUACCGGCGGCACCAGGCGGCGCUGGAGCUCAUGGAGCGCGACCCGGAGCGGGGCCAGCGGCUGCUGGGCACGCUGCAGGAGCUGGAGCAGCAGGGCCUGCAGGGCAUGCGGGAGCUGCUGCAGGGCACCGUCAGCCCCAGCCCUGGGGAGCUGGCCGACCUCUUCCUGGACUGCGUGGAGGCCGAGAUGAAGUUCUACAGCUGAACCCCACAGGCUCAGCGCCCGCCGCAGCCGCGCCCGCCCCGCCAGCUCCCGGCGCAGAUCCCCCAGGAAACCUGCCCGGAGGGACGGCAGCUCCAGCAGAGCCGGCACUGCCAGCCCCGGCGCCGUGCCGCGUGUCCCCGCCGCCCCCGGGCACCUCUGUCCACCGUGAAGGGAGCCCUGAGCGCCGCCAGCAGCUCCUCGUCCUCAUCCUCCUCAUCCUCGCUGCUGCAGGAGCCUCCUCCUCCCUCCUCCUCCUCCUCCUCCUCGGCCGUGCUUGCCCGGACGGGCUGGGAGUCCAGCUGCAGGAGCCGGGGCAGCGCUGCCAGCACCCCGUCCCUGUGGGGAAAUGGGAGGAAAAACCAAAUUUCCUGCAGCUGUGGGACUGGGAGUGGGGGUCCCGUCCUGCCUCGGCCCCCCAGAGCUGACGGGGGAGAGGAGAGAUUCAAAUCCCUGGGGUUUGGAGAGGAGAGAGUCAAAUCCCUGGGGUUUGGAGAGGAGAGAGUCAAAUCCUUGGGGUGUGAGCAGGGAUUCACAUCCCUGGGCUUUGCAGAACAGGGAUUCAGAUCCCUGGGGUUUGGAGAGGAGAGAGUCAAGUCCUUGGAGUGUGGAAAGAUUCAGAUCCUUGGGGUUUGGAGAGCAGGGAUUCAAUCGCUGGGGUUUGAGCAGGGAUUCAAUCCCUGGGCUUUGGAGAGCAGGGAUUCAAUCCCUGGGGUUUGGAGAGCAGGGAUUCAAUCCCUGGGCUUUGGAGGGCCACGCUGUGUUUGAUAUUCCAUGGAGUGGUUUGGGAGGGAAGGGACCUUAAAUCCCCUCCAGUUCCAUCCAGUGACACACAUCCCACUUCCCAAACCGUCCCGGGGCACUGCCAGGGACCCAGGGGCACCCACAGCUCCUCUGGGAAUCCCAUCCCACCCAGGGAUUCCUUCCACAGAUCCCCUCUGGCAAUGCGAACCCAUUCCCCUUCUGUCCAGAAUCCCUUUCCCAGCCCUCCAGCAGGUACUGAAAGGCCACAACCAGGUCGCCCCGAGGCUCUCCCAGGGUUUUGGGGGGCUGUUUUUCCCCUCGUGCCCCACCUGUACCCCUCCUGCUGGGUGCACUGGUUCCCUGCCAGGUCCAGGAUGCGCAGGCUGCGGGGCAGCUCCUCUGCCAGGAGAGAGCAGGGGAAGCAGAGCUGGGAGCCAAAAUCCCUGCUCCCCAAAUCCCCCCAGCUCCCCUCAAUCCUGAGACAGCCCCAGGAUGGAGGGAAAGCACAAGAAAGAGCAGGGAAAGCAGGGGGGGCAGAGCUGGGAGCCAAAAUCCCUGCUCCCCAAAUCCCCCCCAGAGCUCCCCUCACUCCUGAGGCAGCCCCCAGAGCCAGGGAAACUGAGGCAGGAGGGCGGGAGUGGGAGGGUCCCUGCGCCCACCUGUGUGCAGCACCUGGAUCAGGUUGUGGGACAGGUCCAGGAGGCUGAGCUGGAGCAGCCCCUGCAGGUUCUGCACCCUCUGGAUGCGGUUCCCGGCCAGGCACAGGAACCUGCGGGGCUCAGGAGGGUGGGCAGGGGGUGUCACAGCCCCCCGGGAGGGGCAGGGGGUGUCACAGCCCCGCGGGGACACCUGGCCCCCCCUGCCCCAGCCCUCCUGCUGUACCUCAGGUUGGGAAAGCACUCCAGGUUCUCCAGCUUCUCAAUUUGGUUCUGGAAAAUAAAAUAGAGGGGGAAAAAAAAACAC